CCCCCCACCCUGCCGCUUAACUUAACCUCCGUUCGUCGUAAGGGGCAGGUUGGCCACCUGAACGCUUGCCGCGCUGCUUUUUCUCCCCCCCACUCCCCGCCGCGCGCGGCACAUCCACAAGAAGAAGAGAUUUGACUGUACUCUGUUUCUCUGUAUAGCCAAGUUUUAGUUCUACCUGCUGUAACUAUUCAGUCUGUCUGUGUGAGAGUGUUGCUUUGGUAUUGUCGCAUUUAUUGAGACCCAUUAGUGGGUUCCGUUCGUUUUAUUGUCAUACUGACAACCGCAAUUGUCAGUCGCAACCCCAACGUUAUCUCUCGCCUCCCUUUUGUGCAACAAGUGGAACGAAUCGCGUGUUUUACGAUGCGCCGACCGAAUAUGCGGCUGUUGGGAAUGUUGUGAUUGUGAUGUUCCAUUUGUGUGGAUUGAUGUCAUUUUAACUGUGGAUGAACCAAAAUUGACAUAUACUUGGUCGUGUUUAGUGUUCAAAGGGGGAAAAACAGAAUGCCGAACGUGACGCGUUGAAUUGUUGUGAAGUACUUAAAUGUUUUGGAUUUGAAUGACUGAAGGAUUUGAAGCACUGUUAUCGAUAAUUAGUUGGAUAGAAAUGUGACUUAUAGACUAAGUAUUUAGCUUUUUUUUUGGAAAAAGGAAUUUGCUUCCUCUAAACAUAAGGUAAAUAUGUCCGAGACAGCUACGAUUGUUCCAACUUCGCGGACUCCCGAAUCCCGAACGGGUGUAUCACGUCGCGAGUAUCCGCUCCCGUCUUCCGGACCAAGUGCGCGCAGUUCGUCGGGAAAUCGUAGCAGUUCAAAUUUCGAUGCCCACAUGAGUUUCUCCCAUUCUUUACCUCCCGGUAACAUACCGAACAUGGACCUGCCGAAUACCAUGGGCCACCACCGCGAAUCUUCCGCGUUCGUCCCCGUGGUUCCCUCGCGGACGGUUCAUCCCGUCAUAUAUCCGGGAGAAAUUCACCCUUUAAUGAACGCGGAACUGAUGAGAGAAUCGCGAGAACGAGGCGAAAGUGGUAAACGACCGGAAAAUACUUCCACCAAUUAUCGGAAAAGUUUCGACAUCAUGGCCAUGAUGGCUGACAAAAGAAAAGAGUUACAACUGAGAGAAGAAGCCGCAUGUGUGGCCGCGGCCGCCCACGCGGCCGCCUUGAUGCUUCCCCACAGACCCGGUCCUCCUCCUGGACUAUUAGAAGGUGGUAGCGGAUCGCAAACCCAUCCGUAUUCAGGAUUUUUGCCCGGUAGUGCGAACGCUGCUUUCCCGUUUCCGAGUGGUGCAGGUUUAUUUCCUCCCGGAGGGCCCCAAAUGCAUGCGCAUUUAGACAGGAGACUGUUGAGGGCUCCUGGCAGGGCUUCGCGACCGAAAAAGCAAUUCAUUUGUAAAUUUUGUAAUCGACAAUUUACGAAGAGUUACAAUCUACUCAUACACGAAAGGACGCAUACUGAUGAAAGACCCUACUCAUGUGACAUCUGUGGAAAAGCGUUCAGAAGGCAGGAUCAUCUUAGAGACCACAGAUACAUCCACAGUAAAGAGAAACCAUUCAAAUGCGGAGAGUGUGGCAAAGGUUUCUGUCAGUCUCGUACUUUGGCUGUCCACAAGAUUCUCCAUAUGGAAGAAUCACCUCACAAGUGUCCAGUUUGCAGCAGAUCGUUUAACCAGCGAUCGAAUCUCAAGACUCAUCUGCUCACGCACACCGAUCACAAACCUUACGAAUGCAAUUCAUGCGGAAAAGUAUUCCGAAGGAAUUGCGAUUUGCGUCGCCACGCCCUUACUCAUGCCGUUGGGGAUGUGCCGUCCGACGGUUUAGGGGACGGUUACGUCCCGGUCGGGAGCGAGUCGGACAGGAUGUCACCAAGACCACGCAGUCUAUCAUUAGAAAGUAGGGAUGAAAUAAGGGUCAGUUCGCCAGUUCCAGAACGUACCCAAUGUCACGAACCUUGUAGUUCUAACAAUCCGUAUACUAUGAGACCUAACCCAGAGAAUGGCAGAGAUCGCUCCGAUAAUCCAGACUAUUCUCAUGAUGAUCCCGAGUCGGACGACAACGAUCCCGAAAUUGAUCCAGGGCAAGAAGAAAAUCCUGACAUCAGUCACGACGAAGAAUUAGAAGUAGAGAUACAAGAACCCAAGCAGCACAUCGAAGUUCAUCAUCCCCAACUCCAAAUCAGGAGGGACCUUCAUCCUCCUCAAAUAAAACCAUCAACAAUAACAAGUGGUUCCUUGGAACCCUACUACCUCGGCCCUUACAGGAAACGAACCCUUGAUUCUGACAGGCCGGACAGGCCAUCGACAUCAACCUUCUCAAGCGGUCGUCAUUCUCCGUCUCUUGGUCUGAGAAUGCCACAAAUUCAUUUGCAACCGCCUGGACAUCUCCAUCCUUCUCAUAGUAUGGGUUUGAUGCCCCAAAACGUUCCUAUCCCUGCUUCUCAUAAUAUACUCAAACCGCCGGACGUGCAGAGCGGUAACAGUUUAGGGAAUUCGAGUCAGAUGACAUUUAUACCUAAUGCACAUAUGGCUAGUACUCAUAUUAGUGUCGGACCCGAGUGUUCUAAACAAUUUCUGAGUUCGUCAGGAUUUUUAAGUGCUAAUCCGGGAGUUUCAAAGAUGAGUGCUGUAGUUCCUAGUGGAAGUAGUUGUAAUACUGGCAAUAACAUGCCCAGCGAUCUAUCAAUGAAGAAAGACGAUCUACCACUACCAAGACCUCCGCAAAAUCCUCCAACAAAGAAGACUGGAUUCACCAUUGAAGACAUCAUGAGGAGGUAGUGUUUCGAAUAAAUAUGACAAUAUACACAAUCGUUUCGUCUGUUAGACAAAUGUUCGUUAUGUAAAUUUUUGGAAGAAUUGCAACUGAACAUAGCAUGUAAAUAUGUAAUAUGAAUAAUAAUUCAGCUCAUCGAUUAUUUCGUAACUUUUACCUUAAAGCAAUAGCCUACAGUCAGCUACAAAAAAAUAAAUCAUUUCACUUUCUAAUUGUAAAAGUUAAGUAGCCAGUAAAUUUUGUAUCAUUGUAUAUUAUAGUCGUCUUAAGACAGCAUGCUUUUUAAAUUUGUAAUUUAUUUCUAAGUUGUACAUUGACUUCAAUAUAUGAAAUGGGACAAAUUCUCGCAAAUAUUUUUUGAUAUGUAUAGGAAUACAAAAUGAAUGUACAAAACUAGAUUAUAUUUUUGUAACAUCAUAAAUUUUGUAUGCUUUACCUGUAAGUAUUAGUGUUUUUUGUUCAAUUUGCAAUUUGUUUUAAAUUAUUAUUUAUAAUACACAUAAUGCUCGAUCUCAUUGAGAUGUUAAUGGUGUGAAUGCAGAUGGCAUUAUCUUUUAUUAUUGUUUAGUUUUAGGUUGCAUAAAAGUGAAUGUGUCUCGGUAUACCUAUGUUACUUUAAGUUUUAUGUUUCUAUUGUAAAUUUCUAAAAUUGUGAUGUAAAUUUCUUU